AUGACGUGCAGUGCAGCUAUUAGUGCGUGCGGAGCAGCGUGCAAGUGGCAGCUUGCUUUGAGACUCCUUAGCGAGACGCUAGACCAAUCCAUAUCACCAGACCAAGUCAUGUACAGCUCCGUCAUAAGCGCUUGUGCGUCGGGAAGUCAACCGGACAGAUCCAUCCAGCUCAUCCAAGCCAUGUCUACGGUGUCCGUCAGACCGAACGAUGUCUGCUACACGGCGGCAGCAUUGGCCUGCAAGACAGCAGGUGAUUGGCCAGGAGUUCUGCAUCUGGUGCGCGGAAUGCGGCAGCAUGCACUGGUACCGAGUGAGAUCAUCUAUGAAGCGGCGGUCACGGUCCUCGAACAAGCUGGCAAAGUUCACAUGCCGCAAGAGUUCCUCGACCUGCUCGGCAGACGGGCAGAACAGAGCAUGAGUUUCACCAAGACGUUGCGCUAG